AUGCAUGUUGUUAGACUUAGGGUGCGGGGAUUACACACAAUUCAAAUCUCUUCGAGUUGCUCAAAGAGACUAUUGAGUUCAUCUGCGUAUUCAUCGUCACCUCGACUCGCCGCAGCCUCCGAGCAAAGUCCAAUGUUUAAAAAAGCUGUUAAAGACCACCCAGGUGGGGGUGCAAGACCCCUCCACCAAACUGACCUUCUGCGCACCAACACAGCGGUUCCACCAAAGCCACAACCGCAGUCUGCAGGCGUCAAACGGAAGAUUGAGACCGAAUCGUCACUCGGAUCUCUCCACAGCGCGGUUUACUUCGAUGAAAAUGACUUUGAUGACGACCUUGACCUCGAUGAGCCACAGCCACUGAUCGCACCACCGACCAUUGUUGAUCUCACCACAUCAAAGCGAGUCACAUACCCAAACCUAAACACUUCGAAUAUCGGCAGUAGAACUUCAUCAGACAUCAACUACCCGGAUCUUCCACCUGUUUCCCAAGAGGAACUCGCCCCUCCCAGCAGCAACCAAUUUCCAUGGUCGUCAUCACCUCCCUCCCACUUCCAACCGCCCGCCAGGAAACCUCGAACUCUCCCGUGGACUAAAGAAGAAGUGGAGCCGCCCGAGAAAAAGAGCUUCGUGACACCGAAACGGGUCAAACCAGCAGAGCCUUGGAACAAGUCAGAGAGCGCCAUCAAGGCGGAGCAGAAAGAGUUACGACAGGCAUACAAAAAGACACAAAAGCCUGAUGCCAACUCUAAAUCCAAGAGCAAGCCGAAGAUAGCUGCCGUUUUCCUUAGUGACGAGCAAAGAUCUGUCCUGGAGGCCGUUGUUGAUCGCGGAAAAAGCAUGUUCUUUACCGGUUCCGCAGGAACAGGCAAAUCAGUGCUCAUGAGAGAAAUCAUUGCAAAGCUGCGCGCCAAGUACCGUACAGAGGCCGAUCGAGUUGCAGUCACGGCUUCAACGGGUCUAGCAGCCUGUAACAUCGGGGGUGUGACUGUACAUAGCUUUGCAGGAAUUGGUCUAGGCAAAGAACCCGUACCUGAACUGGUCAAAAAGAUCAAGAAGAACCAGAAAGCUCGGAAUCGCUGGCUGCGUACUAAGAUCCUUGUUAUCGAUGAAGUGUCCAUGGUAGACGGAGACCUGUUUGACAAACUCGAGGAGAUCGCCCGACGCAUCCGCAACAAUGGCCGACCUUUCGGAGGUAUUCAACUUGUGGUCACAGGUGACUUUUUCCAACUACCUCCCGUACCGGAAAACGGUCGGGAAGCCAAAUUUGCAUUUGCUGCUGCCUCCUGGACCACUUGUAUCCAACAUACCGUUCUUUUGACGAACAUUUUCCGUCAACGAGAUCCGGAGUUUGCUGAUAUGCUAAAUGAAAUGCGACUGGGCAAAAUCACCCCUCGUACGAUUGAGGCCUUCAGAAAGCUCUCCCGACCUCUUGAUUUCCACGACUCACUCGAAGCGACAGAACUGUUCCCUACUCGCGCAGAAGUGGAGGGUGCCAACUCCGCAAGAAUGGGAAGACUUUCUGGCGACACCAUGAUAUUCAAUGCAGUGGAUUCCGGAACAAUCCAGGACCAGCAGCAUCGUGAUAGACUGUUGUCAAACUGCAUGGCACCUCCUAUGAUCCAAUUAAAGAAAGGAGCGCAAGUUAUGCUAAUCAAGAACAUGGAGGACACUCUUGUCAAUGGUUCCAUUGGAAAAGUGGUAGCCUUCAUGAGCGAAGAUUAUUUUGAUUCCUACAAGGAAAACGAUAAAGACUUUGGAGUAGAAGCGACUGGGAGUGAUGACGAGCGAGCCAGUCGUGCCCGCAAGAAGCUCAAACCCAUGGGCUUCAAGGAUGGCACAGCCUCAAUGGCUCGAAAAUGGCCACUGGUAUCUUUUAUGCAACCUGAUGGGUCAGAGCGUCAUCUGCUGUGUCAACCCGAGACAUGGAAAAUCGAGCUUCCGAAUGGAGAGGUGCAAGCCCAGCGACAACAAGUUCCCUUAAUUCUGGCGUGGGCUUUGUCUAUCCACAAGGCCCAAGGCCAAACCCUCCAACGUGUGAAAGUUGAUUUGGGCAAAGUAUUCGAAAAGGGCCAGGCUUAUGUUGCACUGAGUCGAGCGGUGUCGCAAGAUGGACUGCAGGUCACCCGAUUCGAACCCCGAAAGGUCAUGGUGCAUCCCAGAGUGGUGGAAUUCUACUCCAAUUUGGUCAACAUCACCGAGGUCGUCAAGGCCAAACAGCAGCCAAGUAAUCUGAACCCCGAUGACUUUGAUGAUGACUUUUGUUGA